GUCAUGCCAGUCAGUCAGGGCAGUACAGGAGAAGCUGCUGUUGGACAGGGAGCGCAGUCAGUGAGGCCUCAGCGCAAUGACUCUGGACAGUCUGUCAAACAAGAAAUGGCUCGGUCUUUUCCUGGAUUUUUCCGAAAGGAGGCAAGAGGCAAGAAGCGUUUUGCACCAUAUACACCAACACAAGCUGGGAAGAGCUUUUUGGUGAACUUUUUUCUUCUUGAAAAGCAACGUGAAAAAACACCAAAUGGAGAAGAGGAACUGCAGCUUAUACUGGCUGGCCUUGGAAAACGUUCAUUAACCCUUAAUGAAAACAUCACACAUUCAGAGUUUUCAGAUUUGCUUUUGAGCACAUAUCCAAGACUGGCAAAUAUCUGUGGAGGCUGGUUGCUGCACAAGUCCACAGGUGGGGGUGGGCAGCGGAGAUUGGCUGUUAUCCCUCCAGAUUUAAAUGGAUACAUCGGCCAGCAGCUGAAAGCAGUGAGCGGGAAUGGAAAAUAUACAAUGUACAUUGCUCCUUUACAAGAAGAACUGGAUACAAUUCCUUUACCACCAGAAGCAAAGGAAUUUGAGAAGAUGCCCAAAGCCCAGUGUACAACCUGCAAAAAAAUGGUUCUGCUUCAGAUUCUUCCAGGACACAUAAAGGAAUGCAAGAAACAACUUGUAGAUUUGUGUGAUUCUGCUGAAGAAGAAAGCUGCAAGGAAGAACAUGAAGAUGAAUGCUCAGCUGCACUUUGCUACGAGAAAAGCAAGGUAAGAUACUUUUUGCUGUUAUUUUUAAGUUUAUUUUACAAAUGCCAUUUAUUAGCACUCACAAAUAUAUGUAAAAACAGCAUUGUAACUUGUAAUUGGUCAUUUCCAAGGUAUAUUUUCUUUGCACCAAUUGAAGGUCAUGAUGUUAUACAUGUCACUUUGCUGGUGCUAGAAUUUGGGCUCUACAAGUGUUGUUUAAGUUUCUUUAGCUUAGAUAUGUUUUCUUAUAUUUCAGGAGUAGUGUGAUGCUUUAUUCACAUG